UAGUGUAGACUCCUGGGCACUUCAGAGCAUUGAAGCGGACUUCUCACUGUCAUCUCUUUCAUCAAGAAAUAUGAGGCAUAUAACAUACAUAUUUGGACUAACAACAUUUUUGCUCUGUUUGAAACUCCAUCAAACUGCACCGUUGUCCCCAGCAUUAGAAGUUGGUGCCCUAGGCAAGAAGCUGAGAGCACUUUCAAAACUUGGAGAGGACUAUGUGGAGGAUGAAGUAAAGAAAGCCUUGAUGGGAAUAAAACAAAUGAAGGAAACUAUGGAAAUAAAUGAGGAAAAACAUGAAAACAUACUAAAAUCCCUCAAGAAAACAAAAGAAGAGAAGGAGGAAGCUGUCAGGCUCUUUCAGGACAUCAGCGAAAAGCUGAGCGAAGUAGAAAUGCAAUGCAAACAAUUGCUGCAAACUCAGUGGGAUGGAUGUCAAGUUUGCCUUGAUCGGUCCUGCAUAACAUUCUAUACAAACAGCUGUUCCCAGCAGGGUUUACAGGCAUUUAUCGUCAAGGACCAUGAAUUAUUUAAAGAAUGGCCACCAAGUCUAAAUACCGAAAGCACUGAAGUAAAAAACACAGGUGAAUAUUACAUGACUGCACAACUGAGCCAGGCAGAGGACAUGUUUAGCAAGCUCAUUUCUGAUGUUGGCCUUAUCUUUAAUCGAAGCACUGUAUUCUUCACAAACUUCCAGAAGGCAUUUGAUGAGUCAUUUCAGAAACUUUUUCUCUCGGAUGUUAAACACCCAGAGACCACGACUACUGUGCCUCGGAAGGACCCCGUCAUCAUUUCAGACUAUUUUGAACAUUGGGAAUUUUCUAGCUUGGUUCAAGGUUUAUAUGAAUUUGGACAAACUUUUUUUGAAGCCAUGAGUGACUUUGUCAUUACGAUGUUCAAAAAAUUGAACAGUGAUUCUGAAGAUUUGUAUAUACCAAUGGAAGAGGUUCCUGCUAAUUUGAAAACGACACCAGAGAAUCCAAAAUGCAACAAACUUCAAAAUGCUACUGAAUGUUCUCUAUUUCAAGAAAGGUGUCAGCUAUGUUUUGAAACUGUGACAAAAGACUGUCCCGAUGUGAUAGAACUACACUUGAAGUCUGAGUCAGCACUGAAGUUGGUAAAUGUAUCGUCACAUCAAUAUGAUGAUGUUGUCCAGCUUUCACAGCAGUACAAUGAUGACAUGUUUAACAUAGUAAGCCAAAUGAAAGAAGAAUAUGGAUGGGUGGCUGAACAUACCAACACAACUUCUGGGACAAAGACAUUGUUCAGCAUAGAAAAGGUGUCCUCUAGUCCAAGUACAAAGGACCAGAAUGUGUAUGACACAGUUGUUGAAGUGAAAAUCUUUGCUUCCCCAAAUGUUGUGAUCAGGCUUCCAGCCAAUGUGGAUAUUGAUAGCCAGGAAUUCAUACCUUAUGUUGCAAAGAAAGCAUUAGAACAUUACAAACACAAUUUUUAAUAGCUAAAAUAAUAAUAAUAUGUCAGACUUUGUUGCAUAGAAUGUUUUUCAACAUUUCAGAAAACAUUUUUUUUUUUCAUGAUUUGUUGUCCUUUUAUCUUGUAGUAGCUUUUCACUCCAGAAUUUUGAUUGUUUUUGUUUAAAUGAAUGCAGUGUUGUGCUGUUGUAUUGGAGGCUGAAGUAUGUUUGCAGUCAUCCUCAGAUCCUAUUUUAUGGCUCAGUUUACGGGACGUACUAAACUGCAUAUUGGGAUGAUUGGAUUAUUGGCUGCAAUACUGAGAACUCUCACUAGAUGUCAGUGCACUUUAUACACAUAUA